CCUUCCAUUUCAACACGUCUUCAUAAAUUCCAAACAGCAUCUUAAGUUACGGAGUAAUGGAGUAUUAACCCCAAAAAGAUUUCUCUUAUGCUAUAGCUGCUGCUGUUGAUCCUCCGCCAUAGCUCUUUUACUCUCGUCCUCAUCAGCCACCGCCGCCGCUGCCCUAAAUGGGGGUCGAUUACUACAACAUUCUCAAGGUUCACCGGAACGCCAGCGAAGAUGAUUUGCGCAAAGCUUACCGUCGCCUCGCCAUGAUCUGGCACCCCGACAAGAAUCCGGGCGCCAAAAAGCACGAGGCCGAGGCCAAGUUCAAGCAGAUUUCCGAGGCCUACGAUGUCCUCAGUGAUCCCCAGAAGCGCCAAAUUUACGAUCUCUACGGCGAGGAGGCGCUCAAGUCCGGCCAGGUCCCGCCGCCGCCCCGGAGUGGGCCCCACCACUUCCGGACUCAGCCGCAUCCCAAUCCCUCCUUUCGGUUUAACCCCAGGGAUGCGGAUGAUAUUUACGCCGAUGUGUUUGGGGGUUCCUCUUCGGAGAGUAAUGGACGGGCCAGGGGGACUAGGGAUGGGUUCUUCAGGAGCACAACCAAUGUCGGCGGUGACUUCUCCGGAACUACCACUGGAACGCGCCCAGGGAGUACAUCGAGGAAGGCGCCGCCGGUGGAGAAUGAGUUGCAAUGUAGUUUGGAGGACUUGUACAAGGGGGCGAAGAAGAAAAUGAAGAUCUCGAGGACGGUUCUCGAUGCUUCUGGCACACUCCGAAGCGUGGAGGAGAUUCUGACAAUUGAGAUAAAACCUGGUUGGAAGAAAGGCACAAAGAUAACCUUUGUCGAGAAGGGCAAUCAAGAACCUGGUGUCAUUCCAGCAGAUCUUAUUUUUGUGGUUGACGAGAAACCUCAUGCUGUUUUUGUUAGGGAUGGUAAUGAUUUGGUUAUCAGUCGGGAAAUAUCGCUUCUUGAAGCUCUAGCCGGGAAAACUCUGGAAGUAACAACACUGGACGGCAGAAAUCUUAGCAUCCCAUUGACUGAAGUUGUCAAACCUGGGUACGAGGUAGUUGUCCCAAACGAAGGAAUGCCAAUUUCUAAAGAACCUCGCAGGAAGGGAAAUCUACGGAUAAAGAUUGAUGUUAGGUACCCGGCAAGGCUGAGUGAGGCUCAGAAAUCAGAACUGAGGAGGGUGUUGGCAGGAACCUAAGGAUUUUAAUUUUUUUUGGGGUGACCAUAUCAACAACACAAGUUGACUGUGCAGUUUGUUAGAUGUACAUGUAGCCAUAUAUGUGAAUGAAGUAGAGUUUCAUUUGUUUUUUUUGGUUUCCAUUCUCCUCUUCAAUGAAGUGGUGGAAUGGAAAAUGGAAUUGUUCCUUGCCUUUGAACUCCUAGUCUAAGAUUAUUAUUAUUAUUAUUUGAUGGGUUAAUUUACAGGUU